UGGGAUGCUGGUUCACAGAAGCAAAAGCAAACAAACGCAUACUCUCAUUUCCUCUCUCUUUCUCAUGACUCGGUGCUUUUUAUAAAUGGCCUACCUCUCAUUUUCAAAUUCAAUCAUACCCAUAUGCAAAGAAGGAAACAGAGCAACUAGCAAGAAGAGCAACUUUGUAGAUUCUAACCUAGUUUCCACUAAUUUUAUGAGAUAUGGUGCCCAAUUCAAGAGUUGAAGAUCAUGUCUCCGUUCAUUUAGACAAUAAGCUUACUCACCUGUCUCAUAGGCACUGUGAAUGUAAUAUCUACAGAGUGUAUGAUCGACUUCGCAGACAAAAUGAAAAGGCUUACGAACCAGAAAUACUGGCAAUAGGCCCAUAUCACCACCAUAAAGCCAACAUAGUGAUGGAAGAACACAAACUAUGGAAUUUGCAACAACUUCUUAAACGAAGAAAUGAGACGAGCGUGGAUAGAUACAUCGUAGCCAUGAGAGAUUUGCAAGAAAGAGCACGUAGAUGUUAUGCAGACUUUGUAAGCCUUAAUGAAGACGAGUUUGUGGUAAUGAUGCUUCUUGACAGCUGUUUUAUCAUUGAGUUAUUUCGCAAAUUCACCAUCACAAGUAUGCAAGAUGUGCAUGACCCUUUGUUCAAAAUGGAGUGGAUCCACCAUAUCAUAUGGCGCGAUUUAUUGCUAUUUGAAAAUCAACUUCCAUUCUUUAUCCUUGUACAAAUGUUUGAAAUGACCAAAAUUCCAGACCCCCGAGACAAUAUCAUUGAUUUAGCCAUGCAAUACUAUUCUUGCACUAGGGAAUAUUACUAUUACUCUAUAUGGCCCAGUCCUGAAAAGAUUUCAACACCUUCCUCUUUAGUUUUACCCCAUGAUGUGAAGCAUGUUCUUGACCUAGCACACCUUGUAACCUCUCAUUCAUUUGCAAAACUGCUCGCGGAAAGAAAUUAUGGAAAGAAGAAAAAGAGAUGGGAAUUCAUACAUUGUGCCACAGAGCUACAUGAGGCGGGGAUUAGAUUCAAGAAGGCUAAUCAUAGUACCCCUUUGCUCGAUAUAAAGUUUGAAAAUGGGACACUGCAAAUCCCACAAUUCACGGUUGAAGAGAAGACCGAGUGUCUUUUUAGAAACAUAAUUGCGCACGAGCAGCAUCUUCAAGAUCCGAACCCUAAAUAUGUCACGGAUUAUUUGACUUUCAUGUUUUGCCUCAUCAACUCGUCCAAGGAUGUCAGCUUGCUCCAUCGUAAUGGAAUUAUCAAUAAUAUGUUAGGCGACGACGAUGCUAUUUGCGCCAUGUUUACCAAAGCCUCUACUUGCGUCUUUGUGUCUCGCGAUGGCUUUUGUUACUCCGAAGUUUUCAAUGAUAUCAAUGAGCAUUGUAGACGGCGUCGGAACAUAUGGACUGCAAAAUUAAGGCAUAAUUACUUCAGUAGUCCAUGGACAAUCAUUUCGUUUCUGGGUGCUGUUGUGUUGCUUCUACUCACUUCGACGCAGACAGUUUUUACUAUGUUUCCUUUCUUUCAUAAAUCCUUUCUUUCAUAAAUGUUGAACCAAGUUAUUGUUCUUGAUUAAUAAAAGAAACUGUUGUGUUUGUGUAAGA